CCGACGACGAACCAACAAUCAACGACAACUGGAACUGAGAACUGAGUUCUGUUAAUUUUGUAUUUGUAUUUACAGUUUAUUACUUUAUUUAAUUUCAGUUAUAGUUUAUGUAUCUAAAAUAUUGUUGUGUCUAACCAUACUUGCAUAUCCUUCUCUUAUGGUACGAUCACAGUGAAGUGAAUCACAGAAGAACAUUGAUAAUGGGGUUGCUAUCAAUUUUAAGAAAACUUAAAUCUUCUCCAGACAAAGAAUUAAGGAUUUUACUUCUUGGUUUGGACAAUGCUGGAAAAACAACUCUUCUGAAAAAACUUGCUUCUGAAGAUGUGACUCAUAUAACACCGACUCAAGGCUUCAACAUAAAAUCUGUUCAAUCUGAUGGAUUCAAACUUAAUGUUUGGGACAUUGGUGGGCAGCGAAAAAUCAGACCUUACUGGAGAAAUUACUUUGAAAAUACAGAUGUUCUGAUUUAUGUGAUUGAUAGUUCUGACCGCAAACGCUUGGACGAAACUGGUUAUGAACUUUCAGAAUUGUUGAUGGAUGAAAAGUUGGUCGGAGUUCCAUUGUUGGUCUAUGCCAACAAACAAGAUUUGUUACAUGCAGCCUCUGCCUCAGACAUUGCUCAAGGUCUGGCUCUGCACAUGAUAAAGGACCGACCCUGGCAGAUACAAGCUUGUAGUGCUACAGCUGGAGAAGGAGUCAAGGAUGGAAUGGAAUGGGUGAUACGGAAUGUAGGGAAAAAGAAAUAAAACGAUACCUGAAGUGCCUGAAUAAAUGAUCUACUACCGACGAAUCUGAAGAGAAAAUUAGUGCCUUCUCUUGGGUAAAUUGUGAGAAACAUGACGACAAGUAGGCCUAUUUGAUUCACAAAACAGAUAUAGGUAAUACUAUUUCUAUUUCUUUACAAAUUUUUUAUACCAAAGAUAAAUUAUUGUUAUAUUAUGUUUUCUAGUCAACUACAUUUAGCUUGGUUUUGUAAUUAUUUUAUAUUAAAGUCCAGUCUGCUUUUAUAGACUUAACUUAAUGAUGCUUAUGAAUCGUAUAUUUUUGAUUUUUGACCAUCAUACGCUGCCGUUUGUACUCUAUAUUUAUAUGUAGAUAUAUAUAUAUAUAUAUAAAUUAUCUGGGUAAGUUAAUCGAAUGGCUACUGAACUCCCUUCAUAUCUGAAGGUCGCUGGUUUGAUUCCAAGUGAGAUUGUUGCCAAAUCCAGAUGCCAUUUGUCAUUGGGCUAUCAAUUAAUGAUGUUGUCUAAUUACAGGUCUAGGUUGGAUAGUUACUAGACCAGGGUUUGGACUGUUCCCUUAUACUGAACGUGAAAUAAAUGCCACUGGCGUAGAAAGACACAAUUUAAAAAAAAUUAUAAUUACAGUACAAACCUGCUAAUCUAUCACAUACGUGACCGAGACCAUGGUCUGAACAAUAAAAAGGUCAUACUAUUCAAAAGCAUAUUAAAAGACCAUAUUAAUUUCUUGAAUGACAUUUAUUUAAAAUAAUACAGUAUGUGUAGAACAAUAUACUCUUAAAACUUUUAAAUGUUGCAUUAUUUGUGUUCAAAAGUAUAUUUAUUUUACCAUAGUUGACAUAAAUACAGUAAAAGUUAUAUUUUUUGCCUCACUACCAGCAAUAAAUAUACAAGAUAAGUAAAAUACAACUCAUACAGACAUUUUAAACACUGAUAAUUGUUUAACCUAAUAAUAAUUUCUUAUUUCACCACUUUGAAAACAUAGAAUACUCAUACUUGUUUUUAGAUGUAUCAUGCAGCAGAUUUGAGCUUAACUCUCUUGACUUAUCAAUUAUUUCAUGUGGGAUCUCACAACAUUGUCUAUUGUAUUGUAAUGCAUUCUGUGAUAAUGGAAUAAUUGGUAAAUGAUCACAGUAAUCUUUACAAUGGCAGUCCUCAAUUGGAGUGAUUCACAUUCAAACUAAUGGAAUAUUAGCAUUAUUGCAGUGGGUGAGCCUAUUAUGUGCCGGGGAGAGGUAGUUAGCUUCAUCGACACCCUGUAGCCUGUAGCGUUCUUGUAAUUUCAUUACAAAACUGACUGGUAAAUCUAUUGUACACUAGCUGACUUUACUCGUGGCCCUAUUCCAGCUGACUUCAACUGUUCCUUUCUGUAAACGAUUUCGGGUCCAUAAGAGUAUAAAAAGCAACUGCUUACCGUGAAGUGUGACGGAAAUUUGAAUAGCAGCCAAAUUGAGCUAUAAUGCAGAAAAUAAGGAGUUUUACUGUAUCAAGGGGGGAAAAUAAUUUUAGUAGAAUAAAAAGACAAAUAUUUGUAAUGUUUGUUGUCAUCGAUAGAAUUUAAACAAUACACAUACAGGCAAACUAUACUUUCCAUUUUUAUGAGUAGUUUUCAAGUACCAAGAGAAAACAGAUUCAGGCUGUCAAUGAGAUUGCUGUUUUCAUGUAACAAGUUCUUAAAUUUAGUAGAAUAGACAGUUGUACAAAAACUAAUGGUCACAGCACAGCUGUUGUGAAAUCUUUUAGUUGGGUAUUUUAAAUUUUACUGCUAUGGGGUCUCUAUAUAUUCAUUAAAAUGGCAACUGAAAUAAGAUGCAGAGACUAGUCUUGCUGACCUCGUCCUGUAAUGAAUGAAUAACUAAAAGUAAAAUGGUUUUUUUUCAAUUACAAACAGCCAAUGACAAUGCUGCAUCUGUGAUGUAAACAGUGGUUCAGGCAUCACUGACUAAGAUAUUCUAAAUAUCCAUGUUGUUAUGAAAUUCUUUCCUCAUUCUUGUUCAAAAAAAAAAAAAACACUCUAAAACUAAUUUUAAAAGUGAUAAGAAAUUUGUUGUGCUUUGAGCUUUAUUACGUUUUAAUGGUUUUAUCUAAAACUUUUGCUAUUAGUAGAACUUCAACUAUCUGAAUCAAAAGGGACCGAACCACUUUCGGAUAGUGUGAUUUUUGCCGAAUUGCGGAGUAUAUUAUAGAAAGUAAGUCAAGUCCAGCCGAGCUUUAACUAUUGCGAUCGCAGAACCUGUAUGCGAAGAUUUCACAAUUGAAAAAUUCACGCUAUUGCUGCAAUUGCGGAGGGCGAUGAAGAUUUUUGUGACCACGGGAGAUGUUCAGGAUUUUUCCGCAAUCAUGGCUUCUCUUUAAUUAUUAAUAAUGAUUAUUAUUACUGUAGUUUUUAAAAUUCUUUCUGUAAGCAGUUCGAAUAAUUGGUGAUUCGGAUAUUUGGAGUUCAGAUAAAUUUAGCUCUACUCUACUAUACUUGAUACUUAAACUGUUCUAAUUAUCCUCAUGUGUUUCACAUUAUAACAUUGAAUUAAAAAUACACACUGUAUUUGGGAUCUCAACAAUUUAUUAUUAAUUAUUAAUUUAUAUGUCUUUCACGCUAACUUCACUAUAUGUAUUUUAGGCAGGUAGGUAGGUAGGCCUACCUAUAUUAUACACUAUUUUUCUAGUCAGUUAAUUUGCUUCAAUCCAUCCUAUGUAGUAGCCUAUUAGAAUAUGAAUACAGCUGGAUAAGACUGUUGUUUAUUAAACAUUGAUCUCAUCAGUUAAGACAUUUUAUGGCACAGUUAUAAUUAGUACUGUGAUAGUCUAAAGCACAAAAACACUCACCAGACAAUAUUAAGUAAUUAAAUAUAUAAUUGUGAUAUAGCAAAUUUUAAGUAAAAUGACAAGCACGUUUUAGUUGUGUAUCAUGUAUAACCAGUCCGUCCUAAAAAAGUAAAUAAAGAUAUUU